GCAGAGAGAUCAAGAAAGAAAAGAAGCAGAAGAAGCUAGUCAGAAAGAAAUAGAAGAAUGGGAAAAGUCACUGUUAGCUCAAGCAGCACCUACAAGGAUGGAGACAAUGUGGGAGAUUCCAGCCAUUGGUCAUUUUCUUUGUUUAGCACAACAGAUUUUAAAUUUGCCUGAAAUAGUAUUCUAUGAAUUGGAACGUUGUCUUCUGAUGCCUCAGUGUAAUGUUUUUUUAUCUAAAAUAAUGACUUCUUUGUUAAGUCCUCCUCAUCGCAGAGCUACGUUACAUCGGAGGCCUACACUUUCUUACAGGACUUGGGAAGCAGCACUCAGACAGAAAGUACAACACUGGUACAACGUUGUAGGGCAGACCGACAAUCCUAAUAGCGCUGCAGCAAAACUUGGAUUGUGUCCCCAGUUUUUCAGAGUGCUUGGAGAAGUUAAUCCCUUGCAAGAAAAACCAUUUCAUGAGCUACCGUUCUACCAGAAAGUGUGGCUGCUAAAAGGUCUGUGUGACUUCGUGUAUGAAACACAAAAGGAUGUUCAGGAUGCCGUGCUAGGUCAGCCUAUCCAUGAAUGCAGAGAAGUAAUUCUUGGUUAUGAUUUCUUGGAGAAUGCAUAUGUGCAUUUCCCACAGUUCUGUGGUGCAGAUGUUCGCAUUUACAAACAAAAACCUUUUCAGGCUCCUGAAUUCCCAUCUCUUCCCAUCAAAGUUAAAAGAGUGUCACGUAUUAAAUUGGAAAGAGUAAAACAUGAAUAUGUAAGGAAAAGCAAUGGAGAGGUCAGUUCUGCUGGUAGAGAACUGCAAUAUAAUUCCAAGACAGAAGCUGAGAAGAGUGUAGACUCCAUUGUUACCUGUCCAAAGGAAAAACCAUGUUUGUGUAGCCUCAGAGUCCCUGCAGAGGAGGUGAAGAUUAACUGUGAAACCAACGGCUCAGGAGUCUGUAACAUCAAAAACACUGGUUGCCAUAAAGAGAGCUUGGGGCAUUUUAUUACUUCAGGAGAGAUUGUUGGUAUGGGUGGUCACUCUAGUUCAGGAGAAAUAAUGGCUGUGGAGAAUGGGAAAGGUUGUGCUGAAGUGGCCAGAGUAACAUCUGAGAUAAGUCCAUUCCAGGAGAACACACUGAAAGCUUGCCACGUGCAUGUCAAUGGCACUUGCAGUGUCAACCAAGACACAAAUUACUGUGAGUCUGCUAAAGAAACAAUGCUAAAGUCACUGCAAAAUAAGAAACUAAAUAAGAUACGGGCAAAAAAGAAGAAGAAAAAAAAGAAGUUGAAGGAUAUUCUUAAUGAAAAUCUACAGAGAAAACUUGAUGACCUGCAAAGGAAACGUGAGAUUCAUCUUCAUCCAUUCAAAUCUUACAAAUCUGAGAUCCAGAACAAGUUGUUCAUAAUUAAAAAGAAAGCUAAACACAAGAAGCACAAGUCUGGAAAAAAAUCACUAUCUGAAAAUGGAAUCACAAAGAAGAGGAAAGGUGUCAGAAAGUCUACCAUACCAGAAUUUCAGCUUAUUUGCACUAAUCUUGAUGAACUCAGGGAAUUAAUCACAAAGAUUGAGAAAGAACUCAAAGAUCUGGAGGACAUUAAAAAGAAAUCGGGAAGAUGGUACCACCGGAAGCAAGCAGUAAAGGAAUUGCAUGGCACCUUGUUGCGACUGCUUAAUGAACUGAUACCAUGGGAACCAAAGCUAAUGAAAGCGUUUCAAAGAAACAGGUCUAGAUUGAAGAAGGACUAUGAUGACUUUAAAAGACAUCCGGAUCAUGAUAAAUUUACCAGAGAAUUUUGGAGUAAUGAUGAAAGUGAAGCUGAUUCUGGCAAAGAAUCUUUUGCAGUAGUAUGCGGUAAAUCAUCAGAGUCUGCAGAACAUGUAGAGGUUCCCAAAAAAGAUCACUCAGACAAUGAUGAAGUGAAACUCUUAGAGAUGAAUUUACCUUCAGGAAAAAACAGAAUUUUGAAAAAAGAAUCAGCUAAUAAAGAAAUACAGAAGGCACUGCACAAAUGUGUUAAACAACAGUUCAAGCAAAAGAGUUGUCUGGAUCAAAGCACUAAUGAGCUUUCACCGAGGAAGAAAGCAAAGCUGAGCACUAAUGAGGCUGCAGUCCAGAGUUCAGAGUGUAGCCCACAGCCGGAUAGUUGUUUGACUGAGCUGAAACAACAAUGUGACGGGUCAACUCUAGAGUUGUUUUCCUUGACAGAUCCUGCAACAUCAGUAUCAAACUCUCUGAAAGGGACCAAACCCAUCCAGGCCUUGCUUGCCAAGAAUACUGGGAACAAAGUGACCUUAACAAAUCAACUGUCACCUCCCCCCAGCAUAAAUGUAUCUAGUUCUGAAAAGUCAGUUUUACCACCAGUGGAAUCAUCACCGAUCAAACCAGCAGUGCCCUGCCAGGCCAGUUCAAAGACUCCUUUACAAAUGGUGUACAAAAUGCCAAAUGGCCACUGUGUACCAAUUGACCUCCACAACAGCUCUGUAAAAAUUCAAGUGCAACCUGUGAUUGACCCUAAAACUGGAGAAAAAGUCAUGCAGCAAGUUCUUAUUUUACCUAAGAAUUUUCUUCUUCAUCAGAAAGAAGGAAAAAUUAUGUCCAAGGACGUUCAGUCACUACAACAGAAAUCAUCUGAGCUGCACUGUGCAUCUGUACCAGAAACAUCAAAUGUCAGUGUUUGUUUAACACCUGUUCUGGUAGCAGGCCCUGCAAAUGCUACCACUCAGUCACCUGGUACAGUUUUUAGCAAGAAUAUUACCCAUUUAUCACAAGUGACUAGUCCCCUGAACACUACACAACCAUUGCCUGAUUUAACUUCAGCAGGUAACUUACUAUCAUCAACAAUUAAAGUGAGCGAAACUGAAACUGACAAAAUCAAGUGUACAGCUUCGACUGCUACAUUCCCUGUGUCUUUGACUUCACCUACUCUUUCCACAGCUAGCCAGUCCUUAAUACCAGCAACAAUAUUAAGCGGGUCUGCAAACACUGAUUCUGCCUGUCAUAGUCCUGCAUCACAGCAGCCAACUGACUCCUUUGAAAGUAGGCAGGAGCUGAAGACAGUGUGUGUAAGAGAAUCACAAUCUAUUCUGGUCACAACACGAGGUGGAAACACGGGAAUUGUUAAAGUGCAAACAAACCCAGACCAGAUUUCACACAGUAGUUUAUCUUCUAGUUCAGUUUUCACUUACGCAUCUCAGCUUCAGGCCUUUCUUGUGCCAAAAACCACAGCAUUAUCAUGCUCUACUCUUCCAUCUGUAGCAACAGCCACAGCUGGUCUCCCACAUAUCACACAAUCAUCUCUUUCUGGAUUUGCUCCCUCAACAGCUUCUUCUGUUAACAUUCCGGCUUUCCCAGCUGAUUCGACCCAGACAGUGGAGCAGAGUAUCAAAUUCACAUUGCAGCAGCCUGCUGUUGGGGACACUUCGGGUCAAGUAAUAGAGAACUCCUGCUAUGUGUCCUCUCCUUUAUCCUCCUUUUCUCUGGCCAGCAAUUUGAUGUUGGCAACUCCAAACAGUCCUGUUAGUGUGACUAGCACUGGACAAAAUAACACUGUCAUAACUCCGAAUCCUUCUGUGCAGCAUCAUGGUGAUGCUAAAAUCAAAACAAGUUCUUUUGUACAAUCGGAGUCUAAUUCAGCAACAAAUGGAGAUUCAAUCAGUGGUACUCCAGUCCAGAAACUUACAUUAGUCACAAAUCCACCGAUUUUAUCUCCCCCUGGAGCAUCAGGAGUCAGUAUUGUACCCUCUGCAGCAUCCACUGGUGUUAAUGCUCAGAAGCUGGUUUUCAUUAAUACACAAAUUGCCAAUGGCCCAUCAACCACCAGUCCAGUUGCAGAGCCAUUGAAACAGAACCUUCCUUCUUCCCUAAGCAAAACUUUUGUUAAUGCCACAGAGCAACCACAGUUGGUUCUGAUCCCAUCUACAAUAGGAACACCAGUAAGAAUAAAUUCAUCAUCAACUAUUGCUCAAGUAAAAGAUGUGAAAAUUGGAUUAAAUAUAGGUCAGACCAUUGUAAAUACUAAAGGCAAUGCACAGGUGGUCCCACCAGUUAAUAUAUUACACUCUGCCAUUUCUAAGGGAGAAGACAAAAAGAGCAUGGGCUUGGUGCUAUCUUUGACAAGUAGUAGUACUGUAGUUCCUAUUCCAAGUUUUGCUGUAUCGGUUAAUGAAUCUGUAUGUGUUGCAAAAAAAGCUGAAAAUGCCUUUACAGUAACCACAGCAAAUGCAUGUGUAGAAUCUGUUACAGUAACAUCAAGUGGGCCUUUUUCUGGGACACAGCCCACGGUCUUGAUUGGUGGCAAUGAUCCCUCAAGAAUAAAGCCAGUUCUAGGUAAUCAGCUUUGUACGUCAAAUGUUGGAAAUACUGUGGGUAUAUCAACUGUGAAGACAGGACAUCUUGCUUCAUCUAUGCUGAUUUCAACAACACAACCAGCAGUAUCUCCACAGAACUUAGCGUCUGCUCUGCAAUUUCCAAUCAUUAGCUUGUCUGGAUCUGCAGCCACCCCCCACAAGGUCUUACAUACAGUUCCUCAGCUGGCAGCAGUUCCAGCUCCUCCUCCUGUACCAAAAAGCCAGUUGCCCACACUGCUUCAGUUUCAGUCAUCAGGAAUCCCAACUGCUAUGUCAAGUCAUGCAGGUAUUCACAAAGCUCAGAGUGUGUUGCCCCCUCCAUCACCAAAUACUGGUAAAGUCAUUAGUUUUCCCAGUUUUUCUGCUCCACAAUACCAGCAGGUGCCUCCCAGUACAGAGAAAAAAAGUCAUGCUUACACUUGUGCUUCUACCAUUCAGAUGCCUGCAGCUUCACCAGCUGUAACAAACAAAGCAGGAGGAGGUCAGCUGAACGAACCUUGCAUUCAGCAGAAAAUAGUCAUUAACACCUGUAUGCCUUUGGCACCUGGAACACAGAUCAUUAUUAAUGGUACUCGUUUCAUUGUUCCACUGCAAGGCCUUGGAGCUGGCAGCCAUGUCCUUCUUCUCUCCUGUAAUACAAAACAGACUCCUUUAACUAUUAACCAUAGUCAAGAGGCUCAAGGUGUACCAGUUGUUAAUCCAAUAACCUCAAAAAUCAUCCUAGCACCAAGUAACUCAUUAAGCUGGCAAAUAUCAAAACAUCCUUUAAAAAGCUCUACAAAAAUCGUGAACUCUUUUGGGGCUCCAGAUGCUUUACCCAUUGUACAUGCAACGCCCCAGAUACUUAGUACUCAAGCUAGCUCGUAUGCUUCACUGUCUGCAGUAACACCAUCUGUGUCUUCAGUGACAAAAUCUCCUGUUAAUGUUGUAACAACAUCUUCUGUUGUUUCUGCUGUUCAUCCUCCCAGCUCCUGUGUACCAAGCAACACUUCAGUGUGCCACUUAGACGCUUCUAUCAAAAAACUGUUGGUCAGUCCAGAGGGAGCCAUUUUGAAUGCUAUAAAUGCUCCAGCACCAAAAGUUUCUUCCCUGUCUUCAUCACUGCCUCCUGUUGUGUCCACAAGCAGAAAUCCUACCACUGUCUUCCCUGCGUCUCAGUCAUCUUGCCUUGAUAAACCUGACAAAGCUGCAUCUUGAACUUACUGCAAAUGAGCCACUUUGAAAAUUUUGGGGAUUCUUCUGACUUUGAAAGUUGUACUGUUGAAUAAUUUCUUACAUUGUUUGAAACAAUUGUUUUACUCACUGUUACUUAAACUUAAGAGUUCUUUCCUGUUAACCUAUGGGGAUUUGGAGGAAGAAAAAUUUUAGUUUGUCAGGUUUCAGAGAGUUCUUUAGUAAAACGGUCAGAAAUGACCAGUGAAUUCAUUAAACAGUUUGGAGAAAUCUUGCCUUUUGCACAUGUUCCAUCUUACAUUAUGGACUGUUUGCCAGUGUGUUUAUGACAGUAUAUAUGUUCUUUUUAUUUGUCAAAUUUAUUUUUGAUUGUUUCUUUUAAAAAAAAUAUUUAUGCAUUGUGAAAAUGCAGUCUAUGGUAUAGAAUUGUACAUAUUCCUGAAUUCCUAAUAACCUGUACUAAACAAUAUGUACAAGGAACUAUGCUGUCUUAUUUAUGUUUUGUUUACAUAAUGUAUAGUUUUUAAAGUAUUUUAGUAACUUUGGACCAGUGUACUGUUUAGCAACAAUGCAGAAGAAUCUGCAUAUAA